GGGAACGUGAAGAAGAACGUGGGCGAGUACAAGCCGAGCGUGUCCGAAGAGACCAAGAUGACCCUGCGGGCGCUGCUCAAAGAAGACGUCGAGCUGUACGACUUCGUUCGACAGCGCCUCUUCCUCCAAGCCGAAGCCAUAGCCAAGGCAGAGCGCUGAGACGCGUGCCAGACGCUCCCUGCACCCCGACCGGAGCGACCGAACGCCACAUCGCGCGUCAUGACACAUGGUUCCACGUCCGUCUUGGUGCAGGAAAAGAGGACUGUCUUGCGAAAUCGUACUUGCGGAGUAAGCUUGAAAAUGUAAAUAUGUAACUAAAUGUUUUAUCUUUUUAGAUCUAGAUAUUGCUGCUGAUGCUCAAAUUAAAGACACUCGAAUAUU